CGGGUAGCGGGUGGUGGCUGAGCGGCGGCGUGCGGAGGAGGCGCCUGUUUUAGGUUCUUCCUGUUGGCAACUCAGAAUGAUGGAUCAAGCCAGAUCAGCAUUCUCUAACUUGUUUGGUGGAGAACCGAUGUCAUAUACUCGGUUUAGCCUGGCUCGGCAGGUAGAUGGAGAUAACAGUCAUGUGGAGAUGAAACUCGCUGUAGAUGAAGAAGAAAGUGCUGACAACAACAUGAGGACCAAUGUCACAAAACCUAAAAGGUUUAAUGGAAGAAUCUGCUAUGGGGCAAUUGCUGUGAUAAUAUUUUUCCUGAUUGGAUUCAUGAUUGGUUACCUGGGCUACUGUAAACGUGUAGAAACAAAAUCUGAUUGUAGAAUCGCAGAAACAGCGACAGAGAAUGCAGAAAAGGGAUUCUCUGAGCAAGAAGCAGAAGAUACAUUUCCUGAGCCGCCACCUCAUUUGUAUUGGGAAGACCUCAGAAACAUGUUGUCAGAGAAACUGAAUGCCAUAGACUUUCUCAACACCGUCAAGCAGUUGAGUCAAGAUAUAUAUGUGCCUCGUGAGGCUGGAUCUCCUAAAGAUGAAAGUCUUGGCUAUUUUGUUGAAAAUCAAUUCAAUGAAUUUAAACUCAGCAAAGUUUGGCGAGAUGAACAUUAUGUUAGGAUUCAAGUCAAAGGCAGCAGUGCUCAAAACUCUGUGACUCUAGUGAGUGCAAAUGGUGGAGAAAACCUGGUGGAGAAUCCUGAGGGUUACGUGGCAUACAGUAAGGCUACAACAGUUACUGGGAAACUUAUUCAUGCUAAUUUUGGCACUAAAAAAGACUUUGAGGAUUUAAGAUCUCCUGUGAAUGGAUCAUUAGUGAUUGUUAGAGCAGGGGAAAUCACUUUUGCAGAAAAGGUUGCAAAUGCUGAAAGCUUAAAUGCAAUUGGUGUCUUGAUAUACAUGGACAAGACUAAGUAUCCCAUAAUUAAGGCAGAUGUUCCAUUCUUUGGACAUGCUCAUCUGGGAACAGGCGACCCUUAUACACCUGGAUUCCCUUCUUUCAAUCAUACUCAGUUUCCACCAUCUCAGUCAUCAGGAUUGCCAAAUAUACCUGUCCAAACAAUUUCCAGACAGUGUGCAGAAGAGCUGUUUAAAAAUAUGGUAGAUGAAUGUCCUGUUACCUGGAGAACAGAUUCUUCAUGCAGAAUGCAGUCUGCAGAAAACCACAGUGUGAAGCUCACUGUGAACAAUAUGCUAAAAGAGAUAAAAAUUCGUAACAUCUUUGGAGUUAUUAAAGGCUUUGAAGAACCAGAUCGCUACGUUGUAGUAGGAGCCCAGAGGGAUUCUUGGGGUCCUGGAGUUGCAAAGUCCAGUGUGGGAACAGCUCUUUUGUUGGAACUGGCCCAGACAUUCUCAGAUAUGGUCUUAAAUGGUGGCUUUAAACCUAUUAGAAGCAUUAUUUUUGCCAGCUGGAGUGCUGGAGACUUUGGAGCUGUUGGUGCCACUGAAUGGCUAGAGGGAUACCUUGCCUCUUUGCACUUAAAGGCUUUCACUUACAUCAAUCUAGAUAAAGCUGUUACUGGUACCAACAACUUCAAGGUUUCUUCCAGCCCACUGUUGUAUAAACUUAUUGAGAAGACAAUGCAAAAUGUGAGACAUCCAGUUAAUGGGAAGUUUUUAUAUCAGGACAGCAAUUGGGUCAACAAAGUGGAGAGAUUUUCUUUGGAUAAUGCUGCUUUCCCAUUCCUUGCAUAUUCUGGGAUUCCAGCAGUUUCUUUCUGUUUUUGUGAGGACAAUGAUUACCCUUACCUGAGUACUAAGGUGGAUACCUUAGAGAUGUUGACUCAGAAUGUUCCUCAGCUGAACGCCUUGAUGCGUGUUGCUGCAGAAGUGGCUGGUCAAUUCAUGAUUAAACUCACCCAUGAUAUUGAGUUGGACCUGGAUUAUGAAAUGUAUAACAACAGACUGCUCUCAUACAUGAGAGAUCUGAACCAGUUCCGAGCAGACAUAAAGGAGAUGGGCCUGAGUCUACAGUGGCUGUAUUCGGCUCGUGGAGACUUUUUCCGUGCUACUUCCAAGCUAACAGCAGAUUUCCAUAAUGCUGAGAAAACAAACCGAUUUGUCAUGAGGGAAAUCAACAAUCGUAUCAUGAAAGUGGAGUACCACUUCCUGUCACCGUAUGUAUCUCCAAAAGAUUCUCCCUUCCGACACAUCUUUUGGGGUUCUGGCUCUCACACUCUCUCGGCUUUACUGGAGCACUUGAAGUUGCGUCGGAAAAAUAACGGUGCUUUUAAUGAAACACUGUUCAGAAACCAGUUGGCUCUAGCAACAUGGACUAUUCAAGGAGCUGCAAAUGCCCUCGCUGGUGACAUUUGGGAUAUUGACAAUGCGUUUUAAAGGUGAUCCCAAUAGCUUAUACAUGAAUAGGAUAGUCUUAUUUCCAGACUUGUUUUGGUUGUGCUAAAUUUUCUGUAGAGCUACAAAACCUGUUGAAAUUCUACCCAAUCAUUUGAAAUACUACUAGAUGUCUUUAGGCAGCAGCUUUUAAUACAGGGUAGGUACCUGCACUUCAAGUUAAAGUGAAUAACCACUAUGUUCAUGACAGAGUAUCUUCUCAGAUUAUCUCUUGAAUCUUAAGUGCUUUGUAAUUCUAUCUGCCUCAUUGUGUCAUACUUACAAAAAUGUUAGAACCAGUUACAUGUAUUAUUGCUCUAAAUUCUAAGGAUCCAUGAGCUGGUUGGUACCUUUUUAGGUGGAAGGAAGAACAUAGUAUCUGCUGAACAUUCAAAGUGGCAUAUUGGUGUGGUCCUCCAUCUUCAGUUGAUGCUAAAUAGAUGUCGGGUUGUAAGACCUUAUUCUCCAAAUGAAAUGUAUGUCCUUCCAUAAAGAUGUAUCUGGUUUCCACAUCACUCAAUGAAACAGUUACCGUCUAGAAGAGAGGACUUGUUUCCUUGCCAGUGAGGUCCUUUCCACUGGUUGAAGUGAGGUUCCACUUGCAGGAAUAAGGCCUGAAUGUGUUAACCUCCAUGAUAUUUAUGAGAGAAGGAGACCAGAAGCCAAAGACUUAGUAUAUUUUCUCUUCCAGUGACCUCUGCACCAUAGCUUUUCUUUAUUUAGUUCUUCCCCCCCCCCCAAGUAUUCUGAAAUAGAACCAGCUAUAGGCAUUUAAUUUCAGACUCAGUUUGUCAGACUUUAAAGAACACACUGCCAAAUUUUGGCCAAAGUGUUAAUCUUCUGGAAAAGCUUUCUAUCAUUUUGGCACUGAGAUAUUUAUUGUUUAUUUAUCAGUGACAGAGUUCACUAUAAAUGGUGUUUUUUUUUUUAAUAGAAGAUAAUUAUCGGAAGCAGUGCCUUCCAUAAUUAUGACAGUUAUACUGUCGGUUUUUUUUUAAAUAAAAGCAGCAUCUGCUAAUAAAACCCAACAGAUACUGGAAGUUUUGCACUUAAGGUCAAUACUCAAGGGUUUUGGAAAACAGCCACAAGCCAAAUAAAAUAAGCAAAAGACUUAUUUAAAUUGGAAAAUAAUUAUAUAUAGGGAUUGCCCAUGAAGUGAGACUUCUGUUUAGCUGGUCAGAUAAAAUGAUAAUUCUCCUGAAUGCAAUGAAUUGUGACCAAGUUAUAAAUAAAAGGCUGUGGUAGAACUUGUGAUACAAAAAUUUUAUAUCUCAAUUUUUUCAAAGUAUAACUUAAAUUCUAAUUUUGCAAAAUUUCCAGUACCUUUGUCACAAACCUAACUCACAUUAUCGGGAGCAGUGUCUUCCAUAAUGUAUAAAGAACAAGGUAGUUUUUGCCUACCACAGUGUCUAUAUCGGAGACAGUGAUCUCCAUAUGUUACACUAAGGGUGUACGUAAUUAUCGGGGACAGUGUUUCCCAUAAUUUUCUUCAUGCAAUGACAUCUUCAAAGCUUGAAGAUCGUUAGUAUCUAACAUGUAUUCCCAACUCCCUAGAACAUUUAGUUUUAGUUGCAGAAACAUUGUGGUCAUUAAGCAUUUGGUGGGUAAAGUUAACUGCUGUAAAGUAGAACUAAUACUUCCUUUGAGAUUCUUUUUUAUUUUUUAAUUUAAUAAGGGUGUUUUGUUAUCUUUGUGGUUUCUCCAGGUCUUCUGUUAGUGGGAUAACAGCAUACAUUUAUAAUGUUUGCUACUGAUAAAUGAAUUUAACCCUAUCCUGUUAUUUGCAUGCUAUCUUCUAUAAACUUAGUUCAGGCAAGUUAGAGUCUAGAAUUGACCUUUUAGCUUAAAGCAGGAGGUAGCCAGAUAGAGAAGGGUAUGGGAAAGCAAACCUUGGAAAAGGAUCUUGCCCAUUAGUGUGGUGGGUAUAAAUUAUGAAGGUACAAACAAGUAAGUUGGAAGUUAUAUCGGUUUUAUUUUCUUAUCAGCCAUUCUUAUAAAUGUACUAAUGAGUGAGUAG